UUCGGAGCAGCACAGCGGGAGGCUCCCCAGGCCAGCACCGGGGCUCUCGGGACGGCACGGUAGGGCGCCUUUUGCGCGCCUUCUCCGCUUCUUCUCCACCCUCUGGCCGGGAGAGCGCCACCCCGCGCAGCCACCCCACCGCUCCCGGCGGAUCGGCUAAGAGGCUCCAUCUGAUCUCCCCAGUUCCCAGCGUUGAACCCGUGCCAAGCCACCCUCGGAGGAACCACUGGACACGGUCAUAAUUCAGUGUAGAAGCUUGGACAGUACAAGAGACAUUUUCCCAAAAUGUCAUACAGACGUGAACUAGAAAAAUACCGAGAUCUGGAUGAGGAUGAAAUCCUAGGAGCACUUACAGAAGAAGAGCUGAGGACACUAGAAGAUGAAUUGGAAGAGUUAGACCCUGAUAAUGCACUGCUGCCUGCAGGACUGAGACAGAAAGAUCAGACAAAAAAGGCACCCACGGGACCGUUUAAAAGAGAUGACCUCCUGGAUCACUUGGAAAAGCAAGCUAAAGAGUUUAAGGACCGAGAAGACCUGGUCCCCUACACAGGGGAGAAAAGAGGAAAAGUUUGGGUCCCCAAGCAGAAGCCAAUUGACCCUGUGCUGGAAAGCGUGACACUCGAGCCAGAGUUGGAGGAGGCACUGGCAAAUGCAUCUGAUGCAGAACUGUGUGACAUUGCAGCUAUUCUCGGCAUGCACACGCUGAUGAGUAACCAACAGUACUAUGGAGCUCUUGGAAGCAGUUCUAUAGUAAACAAAGAAGGACUGAACAGCGUUAUUAAGCCUACACAAUAUAAACCAGUUCCUGAUGAAGAACCCAAUGCAACUGAUGUAGAGGAAACCCUGGAACGAAUAAAGAACAAUGACCCUGAACUUGAGGAGGUCAACCUUAAUAAUAUCAGGAACAUUCCCAUAUCAACUCUAAAAGCAUACGCAGAAGCUCUGAAGGAGAACACCAAUGUAAAGAAACUCAGCAUCGUAGGAACUCGAAGCAACGAUCCUGUAGCCCACGCACUAGCUGAAAUGUUAAAAGUCAACACUGUGUUGAAAAGCCUGAAUGUGGAAUCAAACUUCAUUUCUGGAUCAGGUAUCCUCUCUCUGAUCGAGGCAGUCCAGCAAAAUACUUCCCUGGUAGAACUGAAAAUUGAUAACCAGAGCCAGCCCCUAGGCAACAAGGUAGAAAUGGAGAUCGUGAGCAUGCUGGAAAAAAAUACGACUCUCUUGAAAUUUGGAUAUCACUUCACACAGCAAGGACCCCGGCUCCGGGCAUCGAAUGCGAUGAUGAAUAACAACGAUCUCGUAAGGAAGAGGCGGCUUGCGGACUUGACCGGCCCCAUCAUUCCCAAGUGCCGGAGUGGCGUGUAGCGUGUGGAGGUGGAGAUGUGCCUUUGAACAGGAUGCCCUGUGCUAAUAUAGUUUGUGUUCAACUGUGGCAACUUAAAGGCAAAACACCCACACCCACAAAAUCGUGUGGUUCCGUUCUACUACUGCAUCUUUAUGCACUAAAGGCUUUAAGUUAACUA